AUGUCAAGCCGACAAAUUGUCCUGUGCUUCGAUGGCACAGGAAACACCUUCCGCACGGACGGCACGGACACCAACAUCUUGAGAAUCUGUCGCAUGUUAGAAAAGUCCGACGAGCAACUAUGUUACUACCAACCGGGAAUUGGCACCGACAUAACCCCGGGAUCCCUGGCCAGCACGACGAUCCAAAAGAAAGGCACGCUAGAUAAUAGCAAAGCGCUCAAUCUCGCACUGGGUCGUUCCUUCGAUCGGCACGUUCUGGGCGGGUAUCGCUUCCUCAUGCGGCACUACCAAGCCGGUACCAAAGUGUAUAUUUUCGGCUUCUCGCGUGGUGCAUACACGGCGCGGUUCUUGAAUGAGAUGCUCGAUUAUGUCGGGCUUCUGGGUCCGGAUAAUGAAGAAGUUGUGCCGUUUAUUUGGGAUGCCUUUGUAUCGUGGAAACUUGGCCGGACGGAUAAGGACAGAGAAGCAAAGAAAAAGGCUUUUCGAGUCAUGAAAGACAGCCGGGAGAUACUGUCGCGGCCUAUGGCUCGUGUGCACUUCUUGGGCAUGUUCGACGCAGUCAAUAGUAUCGCGGACUUUGAGGUUAAUGUUGACGGGAGGACCUCGAGCAAGGUAGUUCGACAUGCGGUUAGCAUUGAUGAACGACGCAUCAAGUUCCGGCCGGUUUUGCUGCGAUCGCAUAAAGAUGAAUGGGCUUGUGAAACGUCCUCAGAUGAGAAGAAGCCCGCGAACGAUGACUCCGAAACCACAUCCGGACCUCCCGUUCUUCCAGAAAUCCCAAAUGUCAACACACCAAGCAAGAAACAGGAGAUAGAAGCGGAUGACAACAACGAAAUGCAGGACAUCGAAGAAAUGUGGUUCCCCGGCGGACACGCAGACAUUGGUGGAGGAUGGAAUCUCGGAUCUAGCGAGGUAUGGCCAUUAACACACGCCCCUCUCGUGUGGAUGGUACAAGAAGCGCGGCGCGCCGGACUGCGACUCGAUCCGAGAAAGCUGAAACAGCACGAGUGCAUUGAGGAAUUUAAUGGUGAUUCUGAUUUGCAAGAUGCCUCGGACUCGAAGAGGGACGCCUCGAGCUCGGAAUUAUCGAUAGCCCACAGAGAUUACUUACAUGCGCUUCAGGUGGCCGGCACCGAAGGGCAUAUUCAUGAUCUCCUGGCGUAUGGUAACGGUCUACCGCUGACUUCUGUCCUCUCGUGGCGUCUGAUGGAGUAUCUUCCCCUCCGACGGAUGGAAUUGCGGUCCGAUGGAGCGUUGAAGGCUGUGCGGUGGCCACCGCCGCGUGGUCGAUCUCGUGAUAUCCCUCUGAAUGCCCGAAUUCAUGUCUCUGCUAUCCAGCGUAUGAAGUUGGAUCCUUCUUACCAUCCUGAUAAUUUGAUUUUUGGUUCGUCGGAGCGGAAGGGGGAUACAGGUGACGCUGUUGGAAUCGGGAAUUGGGUUGUCUACUCACAUGAAGGUGAUCCGGUGCGGGAGAGGUAUAUUCGUAGGUAA